AUGAGUGUAGAUAUACAGAAAGGGGCGAAUGAUAAACCUCAGAGGGCACCGAUAUGGUGGUCGAAUGCGAUUUUCUUUGUCUCUAUGCACAUUGUAGCAGUUCUAGGAGUCUACUACUACCCCGUCUGGGUAGCACCGCGGAAAACUAUUGCCUUAUGUAUCUUAUCCUGGCAAUUAGCCUCUUUCGGAAUUACUAUUGGAUAUCAUCGCCUAUGGUCUCACAAGUCAUUUACGGCUCGUCGACCUCUCAGAGCCGUUCUAGCCGUAAUGGGAGCACUAGGAUUCCAAGGAUCUAUUAAGUGGUGGUGCUUGAGGCACAGGCUUCAUCACAGGUUCACCGACGAUCCUAUCCAUGACCCCUAUGCUGCAACGCGCGGACUGUGGUAUGCGCACGUUGGCUGGAUAUUCCGCAAACCAGUAUAUGAACGGAUGUCACUCGUAAAUAAAGAUGACUUGGAAGCAGACCCGGUCGUCCAAAUUCAACAUCGCUUCUACAUCCCUAUCGCGGCUUUCUUUGGACUUGUAACGCCUACUUUAAUUGCAAAACUCUGGGGAGAUGCGCUUGGGGGCUAUCUCUACGGAGGUGUUGUAGCUCGUAUUAUGAUCUGGCAUUGCACGUUUAUGAUAAAUUCGCUGGCCCACUGGGAUGGUCUUCAGCCUUAUACGAACGAAGUUACCGCUCGAGGAAAUCUGAUACUUGCUUUAUUUACUUCUGGCGAAGGAAACCACAAUUAUCAUGUACGUUUAAUCUUAUUCACCCAUGCAUUCCCACAUGAUUUCCGCAACGGACCAUGUCCCCAAGACUGGGAUCCGUCUAAAUGGAUCAUAUGGGCGCUUCAUCAAUUCACACCUCUUGUGACCCGAGUGCGCCGGGCACGCGAAGAAGAUGUUUCACGAGCUCGUCGAUGGAUGAGCUACGCCCACUCCCUUGGGAAAGACCAUCUACCCCAUGGCUGGGAAGCCCUCAGUGAUGAAGACUUUUUCGAUGCGGUCGCCGAGGUCGAGAACGAAAACGAGGCAACUGACCAACCCCAGAAAGAAGAGUACGAGGCCUGGGACCUCUCACGACUUGAGUCUCACGUUCUAAACGAGCGUCGUACGGCGGUUCUGAUUGACGGAUGGGUUGUCGAUGUUACCAAGUACAUGAGUGAACAUCCUGGUGGGGCGGCCUUGCUUGGGCAAUAUUCCUUCAAGUCUCGACCCGGCACUCCUCUUCUUGCCGAUGUCAAGAAGGAUCUUCCCCAAGAUGCCAGUUGGGCUUUCAAUGGGGGUUUGAUUGCGCUACGCUUCCUAACAUACAUUCGCCCGAGCGACCAAACGUCCAAGCAAAAUGAAUGGGGAUCAUACGAAAUUGGCAUGUCCUCCACUGAAAGCACCGGUACGCAUCCACACCGAUUUCACCAGCCACCCGCAUACCAAGCCAUCUGCCCCUUACCAGUAUUCAUUGACGGGAGUGAUUUACUGGGAUCAAAGUCAGGGCGGAUCAAAUUGCUCGAAAUCAACGGCCUGGCUCGCACUCCGUCCACGGGAAUGCUUGGCUUGACGAUCAUGGAUAGCCUGCAAUCCUCCCAGUGCAACUGA